AAAACAAAUAAAAACUUUAAAAAUUCCACCAUUUAAAAAAAAAAGACUGUCAAUACCAGUGUUAGGGUGUGAAGCAACUGGAAAUGGUAGGUGUAAAUUGUACAACCACUUUGAAAAAUAUUUUGGCAUAUUCUUUUAAAGUUAAACAUUUUCUGGCUUUAUGACCCACCAAUUUUAUUCCUAGGCCUUUCCCCAAGACAAAAGAAAAAAGAGGUCAUACAAAGAUUUAUGUGCAUAUAUUUGUUUAUUCAUAAUAACUAGAAACAGGAAAUAACCCAAAUAUCCAAGAACAGGUGAAUGGAGAAACAAAUUUUGAUCUAUUCAUACAAGGAAAUACUACCCAGCAAUUAAAAAGAACUAACUAUUAAUUUAUACAGCAGUAUGAAUGAAUCUCAAUUAAAAUGUGCAAAAGAACGAACUCAAAAUGGUAUAUACAGUAUAAUUACAUUUAUAUGAAAUUUUAUAACCAGUUAAUCUAUUGUGAAAGAAUACUAUAAGUGUUUGCCGAGGGCAGAUGUGGGAGAAACUAACUACGUAGAGGCAGGAAAGUACUUUCUGGGGUGAUAGAAAUUUUCCUUCUUAAUUGGGGUUGUAGUAGCAUAGAUAUAUACAUUUGUCAAAAUCAUUGAACUUUACACUUAAAAUGCAUUUUAUUAUAUGUAAACCUGAAAAUCCUUUUCUAAAAGUAAAGUAUUCCUACAUAACCCACCAGAAAGGCUAAAAUUCAAGUCUGACAGUACUAACAGUGAGAAAUUAGCACAAAAAUGACUUAUACAUUGCUCAUGAGAGGGUCAGUUGUUAAAACCAUUUUGGAAGAGUUGGCAUUAUCUAGGAAAAUUAGAGAUACAGAUCCUUCAUGACUCAGCAAUUCUACUUUUAGAUGGAGCCUUUUCUACCAGAGAAAUUUAUAUGUGUAUGUGCAUCAAUAAGACCAACUAUAGGAAUUUUCAUAACCUUACAGUAACCAAAGGAAAAUGCAAACACAAAUGUCCAACAUUAGAAUAGAUAACUAUAUUUUUUUACCAGAGUGUUAGUGCAGUGAAAAUGAAGAAGCUAUUUACAUUUAAUAUAUAUGAGCUAGAGACCAUCCUUAGCAACAGUCUCAAAAGGAUUACAUGCUUUAUGUUUCCAGUUAUAUAAAGUUCAAGAACCAGGAAAACUAAACUGUUUUUGAAUCUGUACUUAUGUUGUGUAUUUAAAGAAAAGGAAGUGAUUACCAUGAGCCAGGACUUUGAUUACCUUUGAAGGAGAGAGAGGAAGUUAGGAUUGGGAAGGGGCUAAGAAAGAGGUUGCUAAGAUACUGGCAGUAUUUAGUUGUUGAUCCAGUGCUGGUUCUGUAUAUAUUUAUUGUAUAAUACUCUCAGUAAUAUUCAUAUUUUAUAUACUUUACUAAAUGUGUGAUAUUUUAUAUUAAAAAUAGAAAAAAUAAAACAAUUCUUUAAUCUAUCAAUAUCUCCUGGAUGCUAUGUUAAUAAUAUCUUGCCAGGUAAUAAUAGGAAAUUCAAGGAUAUUUAACAUGGCCUCUAAAGUGCUCACUAAUUAUAACCAUAAAAAGACAUUCAUUGUGUAAUAAGUAGUCUUAAUCUCUGUUCUCAUACUUUCAGAGCCAUGGGAGUAAGCCUAUUAAAAUUGAAGCAGAUAACAUCCAUACCAUGUAACCUCUCAGGAGGUAGUAUGUGUACAUUAAGUUUCUGCCACUGCCUUCUACAAAGCACAACCUGUAAUUCAAUUCAUGUGUGAAGUUCUUGACAUUCAUAAUAUUGAUGAGCAACCAAGACCUCUGACUGAUUCUCAUCGGGUAAAAUUCACCAAAGAGAUAAAAGGUCUGAAGGUUGAAGUGACUCAUUGUGGAACAAUGAGACGGAAAUACCGUGUUUGUAAUGUAACAAGAAGGCCUGCCAGUCAUCAAACCUUUCCUUUACAGUUAGAAAAUGGCCAAACUGUGGAGAGAACAGUAGCACAGUAUUUCAGAGAAAAGUAUACUCUUCAGCUGAAGUACCCACACCUUCCUUGUCUGCAAGUGGGGCAGGAACAGAAACAUACCUACCUGCCACUAGAAGUCUGUAAUAUUGUGGCCGGGCAACGAUGUAUCAAGAAGCUAACGGACAAUCAGACUUCCACUAUGAUCAAAGCAACAGCAAGAUCUGCGCCAGAUAGACAAGAGGAGAUUAGCAGAUUGGUAAGAAGUGCAAAUUAUGAAACAGAUCCAUUUGUUCAGGAGUUUCAAUUUAAAGUUCGGGAUGAAAUGGCCCAUGUAACCGGACGUGUACUCCCAGCACCUAUGCUGCAGUAUGGAGGACGGAAUCGGACAGUAGCAACACCAAGCCAUGGAGUAUGGGACAUGCGAGGGAAACAGUUCCAUACAGGAGUUGAAAUAAAAAUGUGGGCUAUAGCUUGUUUCGCCACACAGAGGCAGUGCAGAGAAGAAAUAUUGAAGGGUUUCACAGACCAGCUGCGUAAGAUUUCUAAAGAUGCAGGGAUGCCCAUCCAGGGCCAGCCUUGCUUCUGCAAAUACGCGCAGGGGGCGGACAGCGUGGAGCCCAUGUUCCGGCAUCUCAAGAACACCUACUCAGGGCUGCAGCUCAUUAUCGUCAUCUUGCCAGGGAAGACACCAGUGUAUGCGGAAGUGAAACGUGUAGGAGAUACACUUUUGGGUAUGGCUACGCAGUGUGUCCAAGUCAAGAAUGUAAUAAAAACAUCCCCUCAAACUCUCUCAAACUUGUGCCUAAAGAUAAAUGUUAAACUCGGAGGGAUCAAUAAUAUUCUUGUACCUCAUCAAAGACCUUCUGUGUUCCAGCAACCCGUGAUCUUUUUGGGAGCAGAUGUCACUCAUCCACCAGCUGGUGAUGGGAAGAAGCCUUCUAUUGCUGCUGUUGUAGGUAGUAUGGAUGCCCACCCAAGCAGAUACUGUGCCACAGUAAGAGUUCAGAGACCCCGACAGGAGAUCAUCCAGGACUUGGCUUCCAUGGUUCGAGAACUUCUCAUUCAAUUUUAUAAGUCAACUCGGUUCAAACCUACUCGUAUCAUCUUUUAUCGGGAUGGUGUUUCAGAGGGACAGUUUAGGCAGGUAUUAUAUUAUGAACUACUAGCAAUUCGAGAAGCCUGCAUCAGUUUGGAAAAAGACUAUCAACCUGGAAUAACCUACAUUGUAGUUCAGAAGAGACAUCACACUCGAUUGUUUUGUGCUGAUAGGACAGAAAGGGUUGGAAGAAGUGGCAAUAUCCCAGCUGGAACAACAGUUGAUACAGACAUUACACACCCAUAUGAGUUUGAUUUUUACCUCUGUAGCCAUGCUGGAAUACAGGGUACCAGCCGUCCUUCACACUAUCAUGUUUUAUGGGACGAUAACUGCUUUACUGCAGAUGAACUUCAGCUGCUGACUUACCAGCUCUGCCACACUUACGUGCGCUGUACACGAUCUGUUUCUAUACCUGCACCAGCGUAUUAUGCUCACCUGGUAGCGUUCAGAGCCAGAUACCAUCUCGUGGACAAAGAACAUGACAGUGCUGAAGGAAGUCAUGUUUCAGGACAGAGCAAUGGACGAGAUCCACAAGCUCUUGCCAAGGCUGUACAGAUUCACCAAGAUACCUUACGCACAAUGUACUUUGCUUAAAAAGUCCAAGAAUAUUCUCUGAGAGGAAGAAUUGAAAGAUGCAUCGACAGAGCGUAUGUUUCCAGUGGAGUCAGUUGAGUGGGAAUGCCUCCAGCCAUACAGCAACCAACACUGUGUGGGGACCAGGGUCUGAUUUUUAUGUUAAUAUAAGGAAGAUUGUUUACUUCAUCAAGGAACACAGCACCAUUAUGCAAUAUGAAACCAGCCAACUGCUUUUUUGUGCGGUCUCCUUAGGAAGUAUCGCCAUUGUUUUGUUUUCACUUUCUUGUAGUCUAACCCUUUUAAUGCCUUUACCUCAAGUUGCUUGGCAGCACAACUAUCUUUGCAAAAAAAGUACAGAAAAAGUAAAUGACGGUUUAAAAAAAAAACACACACACCUUACAUGAAUAAUCAAAGUGAUUGUUCACAAUUAUGUGUGCAAAAAAAUUAAUGUGCAUUCGUGUAUUCUUGUGAAAGGUAUCUGUGUAUAUUUUAAAUAUAUACAUGUAUACUUCAUAUGCAUAUAUAUCUGGAUCUACACUGACAGUAGAUAUAUAUGUGUCUGUGUGUGUAUUUUAUAGUUCAUUCCAUCGGGAAACUUUCUUUCCCUUUUAUCAUCCUCCCACCACCACUUUGAUUUCUCUCUACCUCCCUCGCCUUCAUCACCUACAUUUUUUUUUCCUGAUGCUACCAGUGACAUUCAGAUGUUCAUGUAUCUGGUUCAUUUGGAUAUGAAGCAUGGCAAACUAGAGUUUUAUUUUUAUUUUGCACACCCUACUCCUGUCUCUUGUCUCAUACACAAUUCUAAGUCCUCAACUCUUGAUAUUGCUUUCUUAAACAAAAUUAUUAUAUAUAUACACACACAUGUAUAUGUAUGUAUAUAUAUGUGUGUGUGUGUGUGUGUGUGUGUGUGUGUGUGUAUAUAUAUACGUAUAUAUAUAUGAAGUUUCUAUGAGAGUGUCUGCCCACUCCUGCUCUGAACUUAACAUUUGCCAUUUGUGCAAUGUGUAUAUAAGCAGUAGCAAUCUUAAACUAUUAUUUUUCUUUAGUUUGUUAAAGCUGCUAUAAAUAUAAAACUUUGUCAGAAGUUGUAACUCAGAAAUUUCUCUAUAACUGAUAUGUAUUCUAAAGCCUUCUGUUGCUAUGGGUUAUACAUGAAAAUCCCUUACAGCUUUCAUAAAGGGCAAAUAUUUUAAAUGAUUGAAACUCUUGAGGGUUGAGGCCUCUGAAAUUGGGUGGAGAGAGAGAAGGGGUUGCUGAGGGUUUUUUUUUUAUUUUAAUUUUUUUUUUUUUGCUAGUUUACUUGUUGCCUCUCAUACCUUAAUGUGAUUUUCAUAUAUAUAUAUAUAUAUAUAUAUAUAUAUAUAUAUAUAUAUACACAUACAUAUAUAUGGUUAUAUAUAUGUAUGUAUAUAUAUAUAUAUACACAUAUAUGUAUGUUUUGAAGUACAGCUUCCUUUUAUAUUUAUUAGGAUAGUGCUUUAAUAAUUAGAGAACUGUAUUGGCAACAUCUUUUAUAGAAAUGUAAUCAUGUUUAUUUUAAGAACUGACAACUUGUUUUGCUGUCUUUUAGUGCAAUAAGCAGUUUUAAAGGAAAGCUGUGUCUGUUUGAUUUCUUUACCACAGAUAGUGGGAGAAACAGGCACCUCCAUAAUUUUAAAAGGGCAAAGUAAUACAGCCUUAAUUUCAGAAGGAAAGUUUUGUAAUUUUUCAAGUUUAAAGAAUGUCUUUUAAAAAUCCUAAUGAAAAUGAAGGAAGUUAAAUUUCCUAAAUGAGUCUGAUCUUAAAUAUUAGAGAUAGAGUUGAACUUUGAUUUAAGAAAUGACAGUGAAUAGGGGCUUAGUUGGUGGAGCAUGUAACUUUUGAUCUCAGGAUCAUGAGUUCAAGUGCCACUUCAGGUGUGGAGCCUACUUUUUAAAAAAUGACAGUGAAUAACUUAAGAUUUAGAAGACAUUUAAUAUUUUGAAAAUAGAUCAUGUUUAUUGAACAAUCAUACUGGUUAGGUGCCCAUUUUCAUUUACUAAAAUUAAUUAGGAAAAUGUAAAAUGAUAUUUUUAAAACAUUUUUUGCCAAUUUAUCACCAGUGUAACUUUCCUUUUAAAAUUAGGGUUAUGGUGGCAAAGGAGGUUAGGACUGAUCAUUUUAAAUGAGUUAAAUCACUGAAAUAUGGAAAAGGUUUUACAAAACUUCUGUUUUAUUGAUUUUGUUUUAAGGUAUUGAAAAUAUUAUAGAGCUGUCAAAAUCAAGUUCAUCAGUAACAUUGGAGUCAGGGGAGCUUAGCACUUUGUAACUCAUGAAAAUUGCAUUUUAAUUUUUUUUUUUUUUUUUUUUUUGCACUGGUUCAGAGUGUAGAUACUACAGAUUGUUUCCAGUGGGCAUUUUAAACCUUUCAGAAUUCCAUCUGCACAUGAUAUCAAAUGGAUUAGCUCUUUAGUUUCUCUCUUACCUGUAAUCCACUCUUAUUGCCAAUUUACUGUAUUUUGAGCCUAUAAUCUGAGCCCGUGUCCUCCAACAGGUAUGAAAUAUUUUGUUCCUCUGCCAGAAAACUAAGAAAGUACUGUAUUUUGUAUGUUUAUUAUUACUGAAGUGUCUGAAAUGCAAUUUACAACAACACUGUUUCAAAGCUCUUUACAUGAAGUAAUAUUUGUAUAGUAUAUACAUUUUUUUCUCCCAACCCUGCCCCUCUCCUCCAAAAAUUUCCUAUAAAGCAUGUAUUUUUUUUUUUUUACAUUAAAAUUUCACUGAAUAUAGUCAGGAACAUGAACAAGAGAAGAAAAUAGUUUAUCCUUGAUUGUUAUAUGCUUGCUCAGUAUGAGUAAAACACCUUCCUUUACAAUGGGAGCUACACAGACAUGUGGGAAACUAUAGGGCCCAGGGAAGAACUAUAAGAUACCAUUUGCCUAUUUAGUGCUUCACUUCAUUUUCAGUUGCUUAGUUUUCCAUGUGGUAGAAUGAAACCCGUAAUUUAAAUCUAUUUGGAAGGACUUUUACUGAGGAAAAACAAAAAACAAAAACGUUUUUUAAUAUAAAGCUUUACCUUUGAAGUGAGUUCUUUUUUAGGGUUUCUUUCUUACAGUUUCAACAUUGCUAGUUUAAGGUUGGUUAACUUGAAAGAAUAUGUAUAGUAUAUUUCUAUUUUGCUUACUAACAAAUUGGUAUAUCAAACUUAAUUAAAAGGAACCUUGUGCUUAGAAUUUUAAGAUAAAAGACUAAGUGGCAAAUACUUUUUGAAAUUUGUUUUAAUUAUUAUUGCACUCUGGUGUAGAAUUCCUGAUCUUUUUUUAUUUAAAAAAAAAAAAAAAAGAGAUUGUUUUGAAUUUAAAGGUCAUGAAACUCAACAAUGACCUUUCUGUUCCUGCCUUUGCUCACUAAACUGUAUAAUGAAUGCUAAAUUUUGGUCUGCUGUUUUCUAUGAUGCAUAAGAUUUACUUUAAAAUGUCAGUCCCAGCCACUGGUAUAAUUGAUUUUCAUAUGAAGAAGAGUUGGGAGUUUAAUGUAUAUUCUGGAUGGCAAAUGUGUCUGGGUAAAGUGCUGAUACAUGUUAUGACAGUAUCAGGUUACUGGCAUUGAGGACCAUACAUUUAUAAUACUAUAGCUGCUAUAUUUAUUUAAUUAAGUAGAGUCUGACAUUUACUGCACUAAACAAUAAGGAGAUGAGCAGGAUUGGAGGCUAGUGUUAAGACACACACCCUUUUUUCCUAAAUAAGAUUAAGAACAUGAAAUAAUAAGGUAACAAAGGGUGCUGCCAUUUUAGUUUCAAUUUAAUAUCAGGAUACGCUUUGUUUUAGAAAUGCAGAUUUUAACUUUAGCUGUUUUGCAAAAGGGUACCUCAACCUCCUCAGUACUGGUUUUUGGCAUAUUUUCACAGAAGUACAGCUGCCCUUUAUUUUUUCUUAAUAUUUUACCUUUUAACAAGUUUCUCAGAAAAAAAAAAAAAAGUUCUUAUAUGGAAAUCUACCUGUUUGUAAUCCAUUAAUUUAUUUCUCUUUCUAGAAGAGUCUAGAAGGGAUUCUAGUAGGAAUGUACCGGGUGUUUUGGAAGGCACUAGAUAAAGAUUCAUCUCUACUGUCUAGAAUAGGGACUCCUAGCCUUCUAAAGACCUAUACUAGUUUUCCAAACUAGGUUCUUUGAUGACCCACCACUGCCUAAUGUUUACUUGUAUAUUCUGUAAUGGAUUUUAGUAUGACAGACUGCAUGACAGACUUAGUCCUGACAGACUUAAAGGAAAUAAAAUCUGAGUUGCCAUUCAGUAGAAAUGGCUGGCAGAGAUCUCAGUGUUUAAGGAAGAGGUGAACAAGCAGAGUGGCAGUAAUAGAUCUGAAGCAAUUAGAUGGAUUAUAUAGGCCAGGAAUUAGAAACUGUUGGUAAAGGAAGUUGAUGAGUGUUUUCAGAGGCUAACAUAUAUUUGCCAAGGGUGGUGAUUUUUAUGAAAUCCUUGAAUCUAGCCACUUGGAUUCAGCUUAGAAUAUUUUGUAGUCCUGCUUUUUCAAACUUGAUAGAAAUAUUUUGCCAAAAAGCUUAACUGAAAACUCUGUAUAAUUUUUAUUCAGGAUCGUUAAACCUGAGUUAAAUAUUUGGUUAAAUCUCUCUUAGAUGUUCUCCUAUUGAGUAUUUUUAAAAAAAACAGGUUGUUCCUAUCAGUAACUUCCUACUUAAAUUACCUUUUAGGAGUUAUCAGUCAAGCUGCAAAAAGACAUCAUUGGCUUGGCAUCUUUAUUUUGCCUUUUUUAUCCAUACAGAGUUUUAAUCCUUUGCAUUCUUUUUGAGAAUUCUUAGAUGUCUUAAAGCUUCAAUAAUAAUAGUUGGGAGGCUUUAUAGAUACAGAUAUGGAUAGAUCAAGUGAGGCUUCCCUGAGUGGUGGUAUAACCCUGACUCUAAAGUCUGUCUUUAUUUUCUUAUUCCCCUCCCAUUUGAUCAUAUAAAGCACUUUCGUGAUUCUAUAGGAGUCAAAAAUAAGCCAAGAAUUGAUGUGUAAAAUUAGUACAGAAAUGUGAAAGUAAGGGUUUUCUCCAGAAAAUCUUUUUUAAAAAAUUCCUGCUUAUACUAAGAACAUUCUUGAUCAAUGACUGUUAGAAAUACCAUGAUUAGUAAAAUGUAAGCUGACUCUCAGGAGGAAAAAAAAUCUCUCUCUCUCCCUCUCUUCCUCCCCACCAUAUAUAUCUCAAAGGGAAAAAAAUAUUUUUUGACUUUUUCCUGCUUUUAAAAAUGGUACAUUUCAGUUUAUAAUUUUCCCUGUCGGUCAAAAUAAUUUUUUUUUUUUUAACUAACAUAAUGGUCAAAGCUUGUGCUAGUAUUACCUACUGCUAGUUGAAUUUUAUUUUUCUUUACCCAGCAAAGAUAGUACUCUAGAUUUUUACAUUGUACAUUAAACCUCAAGAAUCUAAUGCUCUUAAAGUAUGGAGAAGCUAAAGAUUUUAAUUUGGAUUGAAGAUAGAAAAAUAAUAACUUUAAUAUGGAAGGUUGAGAUUUACCAAUAGCAAACCCUGUUGAAGUAUCAGAUAACAAAGAGUGUGACAAAAUUAAGAUCCUAUUAAUUAAUCUGUCCACCCAUUGGUCUCCCUUCCUUUUUGAAAUCAAUGUCUGAAGCAACCAAAACCUAAUGUUGUAUCUAUGUUAGUGUCUCAGUAAAGCAAAGAUGUCUUCAGGGUAGAUGCUGAGUUAAAUUGUUAAAUCUUUUUUUAAAGCAAGGCGGUUCUUAGAAAGUGCCUUUUCAGAAGAUGGUGCUGUAGAUUUUUAUUUUUCAAAUAGCACGAGACUAAAAAUUUAAAAGGUAAAUUAUUUUAGAACUCCAAGAGUGUGACAGUUUCAUAUAAAUAAUGUUAUUCGUUGUCCUGAAUCUGGUCCAAGGAACCAAGUAAAGGUUUCAUUCAGUAAAAUAUCUAGGUAAAUGCUCACCAAAUGUAUUUUGCAAGUUUGAAAAAUAAAUUUUUAAUAGAAUUAACCCUUUCAGUUCUCAGCUGUGUUGAAGGUAAUAUGAAUCUGUAAGGUGCAUAAAACAGCAAAUCUGCUAAACUUUUUAACAAGAGUAUGGGUAUAGUAACAAGUGCCCAAAGGGAAAGGUAACUUGCCAGGGAACUAUAUGUCAUAGCUACUUUUUUUUUUUUUUUUCUGUAUAGAUUGACCCUUCUGUAAAUAUCUUUUGGCAUCCUUUUCUAAUUAAUAUUUGUUAAAGAAGACUGCUUAUAUAUAAAGGAGAGCCAAGUCAUCAUGGAAAUUAGUUUAAGAGAAAAAGUAAGUGACUAUAACUCUAACUUUAGGAAAAUUUUCUUUUUUAGGCACCAAGAAAUAUAUGAUUCCCUCUUUUUUCUACCAUGGGGCAACUAUGAAAUAUGAUGAUAGUGCAUCUAAAAGGGCAUGACCAGUUAAUUAGAAACGCAACAUGAAAAAUUGGGCUUUGGAGGAAAUAAGCAAAAUGAACCAUUCAUACUUACUAGAAACAUAGUAAUCUACCAGAAAGCAGUUUUCCCCUGGGCUUUUUACUCUCCUAGUAGACAACAGUAAAUGAUCACCUAACCAGUUCUUGCUUGUGAAUUUGGUGAGCAUUUCUCCAGAAAAGAAUUGACGUAAAACAAAAAACACCACACCUCAGUAACCUUGUAUGCUGCAUUAUGUAACAAUGAUAGUAAGAUUAUAUCGAUUGUUUGGAGUGUACUGUGUCUGUUUGCAAAUAUACAUGCACAUUAAACUUUUUCAUUUUUUAUAAUGUCUUAAUAGCAAUUAUGAGUUUAUUUUUUUAGUAUUAAUUUUUCUAUUGUGAUGUUUAUAUUUAUUGGCAACUUGUGUGCAACUUUUAUAUUUUGCUUAGAUGUUGGUUUUAAGGUAUUUUAUUUUUAUAGAUAUUUCUAGCUUUUCCUCUUUCUUUGUGAUAUUAGCAAAGAUUAAGAUGGAAUGUUAAUAUACCAACCAAAACUACUAAUUCCAUAAAGUCUAGAAUUUGGAUUUUUACCAAUAAACCAUUAACACUAUUUUCUAACUUAGAAUAUUUAAUGUUGUUUAUAUAGUGGGCAUUAAAGACAGUCUUUAGAUUUCUAAAUGUGGAGGGGGAGGUGGGGCUUUUCUGUGAGUUAGAUUUCUUUCCCUUAGGUAGCAAACUAACACUAACAGAUUGGAUUUAUUUUACCUGAUCUGCCAUUUGGGGGCAACUUGUCAAUUAAAUGAUUGUUACGUUUCUUUUUUUACCUUUAACUACAUUGAAAUUAAUUUAAAUGGUCACAUCACCCAGCAUUAGGAUUAUGAUAUAUUUAUAAGCCUGGGAAGCAAAUAACAAGUGAUCCAGAAGUCAUUGAUAAUUGACUCUGAAGUGAGAUUUCCUUCCCCACCCCCAUAAUUAUAUUCUAUGAAAGAUAUGCUACCUUGAUCUUUUCCCUAGCAUACUUUCAAAGCUGAUUCAACCCGAACAUCAGUGAAGAAACAGAAUUUAAGUGGCUAGGUAGAAAAGUGAUAGCAGCAGAGUAAUACAAAAUUUCAGUUAAUUAAAAAUCUAAAAAGAGCUUAUGAAUGCAAAUUAAUUGGAAGGCAGUGAAAAGUAUUUAUUAUAGGAUAUUAAUUUCAAACAGUUAUGCUCACUCCAGUUUCCUAGUAAAUAGAUCAAGGUUAUUUGUUUUAGCACACUAACUUUUUACAAAACCGUGUGAAAAGAGUGAAUUCUCUUAAGCAAGUAAAGUACUUCCAUAGUAUUUUUACACUGUGAAUUUGUGUGGUAAGCCAUUUUUCUGUAGGUAAAAAGUAAACUUUAUCCCAUCCUCUGAGAAUUUAAAACUCAAAUUUUAAAUUUAAAAUUAUCAGGGCUUAGUGUAUGACAUUUUGCUGUACUGUAAUCUGUUCUUUCCACUGAGGGAAUAAGUGAGAAAGUUUCAAGUAAUUAUAAUUGGGGAAAUGUUAUUUUUAUAUUAUGUAAAAUUUCACGAUUUAAAGUGAAUCAGCAUGUAAUUUCAUAGAGACAUUAGUCGUAUCACUUUUUCUGCAUUUUUUGCCAGUUACAGUAGUGUUGUUGUUUUUUUUUAAUUAUGAACUAUUCUAAGCUACUUCCUUCACCCCCACAUCAGGUAUUAAUUGAAGACUGGUACUCUGAUUAUAGGAAUUUGUUGCUACUAAAUAAAAAUUAAAUAUGUUUCAAGCA